UUUUAAUCUCAAGAAACAUUAAGCAAUCAGACAAAAUGAUAUUAUUUCGUUACAUCUUUGUAGUUGCUCUCAUCGUUUUGGUGGUUGAAACUUUGCCAGCUGAUGCCGGCAGUAGAAAAGAUAAGAAUGCACCGAAAAAAGAAUCGGGAUCAGGAGCAGGAUCAGGAUCAGGAUCAGGAGGGUUACCAGAUUUAUCAGAAAAAGUAAUUUCUAGAAUUAAUGCAGCAGUACAACGUGGAGAAAUUUCUGAAGAAGAUGCAAAAGCUUAUCUAAAUGGAGAAAGAUCUUCGGAUAAUUUUUCCAAAAGAUACAAUAUUUUUAAUUUCAAGACCACAUAAUUCAUGGGGAAGGGCGAUAACAUACAUAAUUGACGACAGUAGCAAUUUCCAGGAGGUGGUAAAAUAAUUAUAAUCAGAGGAGCAAAAAAUCUAAACCAAAAUUAAAACUCUCAAUUAAUAUACGUAAAUUUGUUUUAGUAUUUCUCACCAAAACCAAUAAAAUAAUCAUAAAAACCAGAAAACAUUCAAUAAAGUACAUAGAAAAAAUA